AUGUCUCAUUGCCCUCAUGUCAACUCCCAGGAUUUCCCUUCCAGCCGUCUGAGUAAGAAUGAUUCCAGAAUCUUGAAAACGUCCUUCAUCAAACGACAAACAACAAAUUUGUUUCCGAGAUUACAAGGAGCUGUAUAUGCCAUAUCCAAAGAUAGUGUCAAGCUACAAUAUUACGAGGAUGGGGUGUUGAAGGUAACAGAAACAGACCCCCAGGAGGGGUCGUACGCCAAUCUGGGGUUAUAUCCUCACUGGUGUCUCGGCAACAUCCACCAGUGUCCGCACGGUAUCACUGUAGAUUUCUGGAUAAAUGUAGCUCCCGUCACCGAGGAUUCGCCGGAGGUUGUCCUUUUCACUUCCGGUGGAAACUUCUACUUUUCCGAUGGCUUGUAUCUUAUCCAACGAUUCGGAGAUCAGUAUGAGUUUGGGGUCUCUAAACAGGAGCAUGUUUGGAAAAUUAACUUCCGGCUGUUCGCGGACACGUGGGUGAAAGUUCAUGCUGAGUGGGAUGUAUCGGAGGGUCUGAUGCUUGUCGUAGAUAACUCGGAAUGGUCACAGACUACACCAGUGAGAAGAGACUACUUUCCGGGGACGUUUGACAGUUUUGCUGAAGUUGUUACUGGACUCACAAGUGAUGGCAUGAUCAUUGAUCAAGACGAACUGUUCAAAAUACGACAUAUUAUUAUUCACGAUCGUCGUAUCAACUCGACCAUUGAGGAUGACAGUUUUGUCCAGACUUUGGCUUACCCCGGCUGUGUUCCUGAAACAUCUUAUACCGGGAACUUCAUUCCCAUGGACUUGGCCGGAGAGGAACAUCCUAUAGAAAGCUGCCGUAGCAUGUGUAAUGCAGCUAUUAUCCUGAUGAAGAAUGGCUCUUUCUGCUCGUGCGCAGGCCGUGAAAUACUUUCCGAAAUUGACACUCGGAAUGGCUCUUGUGACAGUAGCUCAGUAUGGCAGGUGUUUAGUGCUUCUGGUGUUGCCGAAGAAAAUCCGUACUCAAUGACAGUGAGCGUGAGAACAUUACAAACUAGAGACUACGUCAAACCCAUGGAAACCGUUAUUAUCGAGAUAAAACCCAAUCAUAUAGCAAAGACCAGCUACGAGGUAGACUGUGGGGACGGUGUCACUUUUGUGACCCACAAGACUUCUAUCAACUACUUCUGGAGGUCUGCGGGCAAACACACGAUCACAGUUCGCUCGCGCGUAGGCAUUCUGUCCUUUGAGUCGUACUUCAGUUUUGAGGUACUUGACGUCGAUGAGAACACAGCUCCAGAAAUGGUUGUUUUGUUUGGCGCUCAUGACGAGACACAUCAAUUUCACGGCUCUUUCGAGUUGUUUCUCACAGAUUUGGCAAAUAUCUCUCGUUGUGACGUAGCGUUUGGUGAUAGCAAUCAGCUGAGCUAUGACUUCAAAGACCAAUAUUUUUACCAUGAAGAAUUCCAGCAUAUUUUUAACACUUUUGGACAGUACAUAGUAUCAGCUCACUGUAAAAACAACUACGGGGUCGAUUCCAGCUCUUUGAUGUUUCUAUCAAAACGGUUUGACGUACCGUUCUAUCAUAAAGUAUUAGGUGAUGCGUUUGAAGUACCACUGGCUGGAGGACAAGCAUUCGUCGCUGACAUCGGAGUCGUUCGUAACUAUGACAAGCCUGUAAACGUACACAAAACAGAUAAUAACAUAACAGUACCUGCAACACUACUUAAGCCAUUUGAAAACAUAAUUUCGCUGGAGUUGAAUGGUGAAAUUUUUCAUGAAACAAUGUUUUUCAUGGAAAAUAUUCCAGCAAAUGCCUCGAUAUUACCCGACUACCGGGAAGGAGCAUGGAAUCUGACAACAAAUAUCUCUGUGGUAGUACCCCCUGGUAACAACAUGUUUGUAACAUGCACGUUCGGACUGGGAGAGGAAGAGUCUUUCUUUAUAUAUGAGGCGACAGAGCCGGUCACAUUUCCCUUUGAGGUUGAGUACGAAAACCUUGGAUAUUAUCCUCUACAUGUGAUCGUGUCUAACGACCUUGGAAAGACCGAAGUUGAGGAUCUGAUAUCAGUUGAAGUCCCCAUCGUGUCCAUAGUACUGACGGUCAGUAAUAUUACCAACAAGGAGGAUCCCGUCAUCCUUGGUGUUGUCCUUAAUGAUGGCAUUGACGGUCCGGACAAGGUCACCUUCGAGAUUGACCACGAUGACGGCAACGUUUUACCAUAUACCUACAGAAGCCAUUCCAAGUUCUUUACCCAAUACAAUAACAGCUACGUAUACAGGGACUGGGGCAUAUAUACAAUAUGUGUGUCCGCUUCCAAUAGCAUAAGUCGAGUCAUGGACUGUGCUUUGGUUCAAGUGGGCAAAAACAUCACUUACAUGGACUUACAGACAACAACGACCGGGAGAGUUAGCACUAGUCAGUAUGCAGAAAUCAACAUAACAGUUCUCACCGGAAGUGACAUAACGUAUCAUGUAGAUUUCGGGGAUGAGCAUCCAUUCACAUUCACUGACCGCGACUUACUGACCUCGGAAAACACGGAAUCGUCCCAUUUAAUAAGAAGAAAGCGGGAAACUAGUGCCGUGCAGGCAGAUCCGGCCGACAAUAGCAGUUUCGUCAUAACCACUGUACUGCCUAACUUCAAUACCAGCGAAACCACUGAGGAAGAAGUUGCCGUGUCCAGGGCCAGGUCCUUUGUUGUCAGAGGUUGUUCAUGUAUCGUUACAGUACGACACUUGUACUCAACUGUCGGUUAUUACGAAGUGAAGGCCAAUAUCUCCAACGUGUUCUCGUCGGCAAGCGCCGUGUUAUGUCCCUACAUCAUUGUGGAUGACAGUGACGACACAAUGUGUGGUGACACCGUCGUAGAGAUGCCUGGGUAUCACACGUCACGAGAUAACCCAUAUGUUCACAUCAGAUCAACUCCAAUCGACAUCGACAUACAGGCACAAUCACCAAACUGUGGAGGAAAUGGAUACGAAUACACGUGGAAGGCUGUAAACAUCGUCGAUAACCUGGAAGUUCCGUAUACCGACUUAUGUAAACUCGAACAAACUGACAAUAUAUUCACCAUCCCAGCAGUUUCUCUCGAAUUCGGGAUGUACAAGCUGGUGACUACCGUGUCUCCCAUUGGGUAUAAACGUAAAGCCAAUCAGAAAGAAAUUUAUAUUCAGAUCAUACCGUCCAAUCCUAUUGCGACCUUCAAAGGUGACCCCUCAGAAACGUUUUUCUCCAACGGUAUACUUACCUUGGACUUCUCGGAAUCGCAUGAUCCUGAUCUGACAUCCAACAUCAGACAAGGGGUGGAGUACGACCUUAUCUGUUUCCAGAGAGAGGCUUACGACGCAUUUAGUGGCAUGACCUUCGAGAAUUUCCUCGAGGGCAACAUAACACAACUGCUGAUCGAGGACGUCAUUUAUGAGUCUGAGACGAUGAACCCCUUGAGAAUUUAUCAAUAUGAGAAUUGCUUGACGGACUUAGAUGAUUUCGUAAACGCCAUUAUGAUCUCUAAUGGCAGGGUGACGACCUCUACGUCGUAUUUUGUUGCCACUGAGACUGUGUUUUCCCUGAUAGUGUCUAAGGAAGGACGCAUCAGUACCGUCAGUAAAGUAAUACGAAUGGAAUAUGACAACUUCGAGGAACAGAUGAAUAUGCUUGCAAACGCAGCUAACUUGAAAGAUACUGGGAAAGCCCUGGAUAUCGUCAAUAAAAUCGGAACCGGUGGUGCGAGAGGGAACGACUCGGAUGCACAAGAAAAACAAGACCAGUUGAAGGAGUUAGCGCUGACCGUGGUAGCCGCUGUGACUAAUUACGCAACAAACACAGACCAGGUCAACCGGGUUGUCAGUACAUGUAGCAUGUUCACGGCAGAGAAGUCGACGGACACGGCAAGGGAAAAGGCAGCUGGAGCUAUCAACAACACAGGUGAUCUCAUCAAAACAAAAUUUGCCAAUCAGGACAACACAGCGCUGGAAUCCACUCUCGGAGAUCAAGUUCAGACAUUGAGCAACGUUGCACCUACUGGAGAAGCAGAGAAAAAAGAGGAGAAAAAAACGCUCCGUUGUAAGCGUCGAGCUGACCCUGACGCCCCUGACGAGGACACGGAGUCUGCCACUCAUUACGAUGCUUUAAUUAAGUCCAAGAAUCUCAUGGCGAAUGCCAUUCUACGAGACUUGUACGACUUCCUGUUUCAUCACUACGCAGAGUUCAGGACAGCAGUGCGGAAGCGGAUCGACAACGUCAAGCUCCCACAGGCUGUUCUUAAGGAGGACCCAGUGAAACUGUUUCUCCGUCUUGGGCUGGAGUGGGAUCCCUUCGAUAUUCAGAAUGUCAUUCUGGAUGCCUGCGAGAUCGAAUUAGACUUGUCCAUUAAACGGACGAAGGAAGCGGACAAAAUGGUACAAGCCGGAAGUGCUGGAGCUGUGUCCUCCAUGUCAGGCCUUGUCCUGAAAAAUUUUGAAAAAGAACGUUGUCGUCGUCGACGUCGACGCAGGAGUGGAACGAGCACGCCAGAAGACGAAGCCCCGUUAGCAAUGAAGGUUACAUCUGAGGGCAUUUCUCUCAACAUCGAGAUGGGAGAAAAUCCAAAUGCACUGACAAGUAAGGUGGCGAAGCAGAAAAGGAAGAAGGUGAGUGUGGAUCCAUGUAGCGUACACGACGCGGAAUACGAGGCUGAACUCGCCGCGUCGUCUACUGCUAGUCCAGUGGGUGUAGUCACGCCGGCCAACUCAGGAACUAGUCCAGGAGCCACAAGUUCUCCGGCUUCUGAUCAAGUAGUUACGUCAACCAGAACACCAAUAGGUGAUCACGAUGACAUCACUGACGGAUACGAGGUAGGGAAGUCGAAAUAUACCACACAACUGUCUGUUGACGACGGGAACUCAGUUACUCAUGAAACAGGUGGUGCGGACGAACAGACACAUACUGAGUCAAGUGGAGGAACGGGAACGGACAGCGGAACAGAUACAAGUGGCACCAACGGUCAGACCGACACCGGUUCGAGUGGGGGAUCGAACGCUGACUCCAGUGGAGGAACGGACAGUGAGACAGACACAAGUGGUACUGGUGGACAGAGCAACACCGGGACGAGUGGAGGAUCAAACACUGACUCUAGUGGAGGAACGGACAGCGGGACAGAUACAAGUGGUACUGGUGGACAGACCGACUCCGGGACGAGUGGGGGAUCAAACACUGACUCUAGUGGAGAUACGGGAACGGACAGCGGGACAGAUACAAGUGGUACUGGUGGACAGACUGACACAGGUUCGAGUGGAGGAUCAAACACAGACUCCAGUGGCGGUACGGGAACGGACAGCGGGACAAAUACGGAUAAUACUGGUGGACAGACUGGCACUGGAUCGAGUGGAGGAACAGACAGUGGGACAGACGGUCAGACAAACAGCGGUACGGACGAAGAACAAGACUUCACCGAAGAAGCAGGAACUGGAACUGUGAACGCUGUCAAUAAAAACAAUCCUUAUACGUAUGGUUCUAACUCGGCCCGAGUGACGUCAGAGGUUUCCUCUAUCAAUCUGGUGGACCCGGCACUAGGGGAGCCAAUAAAAGUGGAGGAUUCAGAAGAGGAGAUGCCUAUCUUAAUCAAUUCAAAGUGCGCGGUCCCAGUAUAUAACGCCACCAUCAGGCAAGUACGAGAUGCACCCCCCGUGAGUUUGUACCACUCUAUCACCAUGGCUAACAACGGCUCGUCCCUUCACUUCCGGAUAACUGCACGUGAGAAUUGGGACAUGACUAAAUUCCGAAUCUGCCUUGUUUACAACGCGUCCACCGUCGAUCCUCCGUGUAUUCACGAAGCAAUCAUGCCCCUGGGAGAGGACGUCUUCCCGGAAAUAAGAGAACAAAAUUACAGCCACUGGAUGGAACUUCGGAACACCUACUUCCCUCCUCAGAAUUAUACACCGACCAAUGGCGAUUUUACUGUGUCCGUUAGUCUCGAGAAGGGACACGUUGACUUCCGGGAAACCGUGACGGAAGUUGUGUAUGACUACCAGUUGUGGACUUCAGGGUGUCUGUUCUGGGAUACAACCACGGAAUCCUUCAUCGGUAACGGCACCAGGGUGAGCAAUCUAACGACACCUGAAGUGACAGUAUGUAUGACCAACCAUCUGACGUCUUUUGGAGGUGACUUUGCUGUUCCGCCAAACACCAUCGACUUCACUAAUGUGUGGGCAAAGUUCAAGAACCUGAACGAGAACGCGGCUGUGUUUUCCACGGUUAUAUCGCUGAUUGGUCUUUACAUCAUCAUAAUGAUCUGGGCCCGAUACAAGGACAAGAAAGAUAUACAGAAGUGGGGAGCCUCUCCAUUGGAUGACAACCUACCAACAGAUAACUAUCAUUAUCAAGUGACCGUCCAGACGGGGGUACGCAAACUGGCCGCAACCAACUCAGCGGUCAGUUUUAUCUUAUCUGGCGAAGAGUGUGACACAGGUGUCCGGCGUUUAUAUGAUGGCCGUCGAAAGACGUUCGUUCGAGGCAGUAUCAUGAACUAUAUCCUAAGUGUGGAAAAUUGUCUCGGAUCUCUGAACUUUUUGAGGAUAUGGCAUGAUAAUACUGGAAAGGGCAAGAUGAGAUCUUGGUAUCUGGACCAAAUACAAGUUACAGAUCUUCAGACAGGGGACAGGUACUUUUUCCUGUGUGAUCGCUGGCUAGCUGUGGAGGAGGACGAUGGGAUGGUGGACAGAAUUCUACCUGUUGCUGGUCUAGAGGACUUAGCAGCAUUCAAACAACUCUUUUCCUCCUCUGUAAAGAAGAAAUUAACCAAUGACCAUAUAUGGUUUUCUGUGUUCUCCCGCCCGACCCGGAGUAACUUUACUCGAGUACAGCGAAUCUCUUGCUGUGUGUCUCUGUUGUUUAUGACUAUGAUUACCAACGCCAUGUGGUUCAAAUCAGAAGAAAAUAAUGCCAACACGUCAGCUAUGAAAAUUGGACCUGUUUCCUUCACACUUCAACAGGUCUUUGUUAGCUUUGCCAGUACCAUGAUUGUGUUCCCUGUGAAUUUCAUCCUGAUGACGUUUUUCCGAAAAUGUCGUCCAAAGAAAAAUGGUGUCAUGCAUAAAAACCAGCAGGUCCCAAAACGAGGCAAAUGGAAGAGUGUUUCGGCCACUCAAUCACAAACGUGGAACAGUGUCCCUAUGAAAAGUAGGUGGCAAAGAUUCAAAGAAUCCAUCACCAACUUCAUCAAUUUCCAGCGUCACAAGUCAAAGUAUCAAUCUGAACCGGAUCCUGAUGAAUGUGUUCGGGAAAUGAAAAUUGCCGGAAUACCCGAAUCGGCUCAAAAGAAAAAGAAAAGAAAGAAGAAACCAGGGACACUGCCUCACUGGUGCAUAUACAUCGCAUGGGUUUUGUGUUUCUUUAGUAUCACGUCGUCCGGCUUCUUCACAAUUCUGUACAGUAUGGAAUGGGGACCAGAGAAGGCAAACGAAUGGCUAACAACCUUCCUCAUGUCCUUCUUCCAAUCCGUCAUAGUCGUCCAACCAAUCAAGGUGUUCUGCCUGGUUGCUUUCAUUGCCUGUGUCCUCAAGAAACCAGAUCUGUCUGACGAAGACCCUGGAGAGGAUCUAAACAAUGUGAUAGCCGCUCAUGACGAGGAAUUCAUGGCAAAGAGUAACACUGCUAUUGAUGAAAUCGCGUUGAGAAGAAAGGUUCAAAACAGCGAAUUCAAACCUCCAGAUGUGAAAACACUAGAGGAACAAAGACAGCUACGAAUGAUGGAACUUAAAAUGGAAGAGGUUGUCAGGGAGAUAGGAAUCUAUGCCUUAUUUGUGCUGAUCCUCUUCUUCUUAUCCUAUCAGACUCGAGAUUCGGAUUCCUUCCUAAUGGCCGAAAACCUUAAAACUACCCUCGGUAGCGGAUUCGAGAAGAUUUCUACUGUCUCUGACUAUUGGAAUUGGCUCGAGAAUAAACUGAUCCCCAACUUAUACGCCACUCAAUAUUCCGACGGAUCAGAAAUAAAACCAUGGUGGGACAAACGAUGUAUAAAAGACAUGGAAUCUCGCCGUGUUGGCUUGCCACGUCUACGACAACUUAGGGUCAAGGAAGAUACCUGCGUCGUAAAUCCGAAAUUAUCCACGAUUAUAAAGCACUGCCGUGACGAGUACGGGUGGACAGACGACGAUGCUAAACACUACCUCCCAGGCUGGGUAAAACCUCCUAAGGAAAAUAUCACCGCAUUGAGGGAAGAAAAAUCACCAUGGAUCUACCAAAAUUCGAUCCAAUUAAAAAGUGCUCCUUAUAUAGGGACCAUCUCCACUUAUAAGGGAGGUGGCUAUGUUGCUAUGUUCGAGCGCAAUGUCACGUGGACGAAACGGAUCGUUGAACAACUGAAGAAGGAUGUGUGGCUGGAUGUGUAUACUCGGGGAGUUUUCCUGGAAUUCGCUGUUUAUAAUCCUAACAUUAACCUGUUUAGUUCUGCCAUCUUACUAACCGAGUUUAUCUCUUCCGGUGGAGCAGUAGCAAGGAUUGAAUUCAAGGUCUUUCGGCUGCUGAAUUAUGUUGGCGGCUUCGGUAUUCUCGUGAUGAUAUUCCAAGUGAUCUACGCAUGCUUCAGUUUGUAUUUCUUCGUACGCUGUAUCAAGAAAUUACGAAAGGAAAAGAUGAAGUACUUCGCCCGCUUCUGGAAUCUCUUAGAAUUCAUUCUUCUGUGUUUCUGUAUUGCUGUCAUCGCUAUGUAUGCGUUCAAACAAAUUCUAUCCGAAUUGACAAUGCGUGCACUGAAGGAUCCCGACAAGGCCGACUACGUUAACUUCCAGUCGAUGGCUAUGUAUGACGAACUGUUUGGUUGGAUGAUGGCGUGCGUUGUGUUCCUGGCUACUGUCCAGUUUCUGAAAUUGCUUCAGUUCAACAAGAAAAUGAAUAUGCUUGGCGAUACUAUCAAAGUAGCCACAAAGGACCUGAAGGUUUUCUCUAUAGCCUUUGCGUUAUAUUUCUUCGCAUUUACAGCUUGUGGCCAUCUUCUGUUUGGAACUUCCAUUCUAGCUUACUCCAGUUUGUUGGGUUCUGCGGAGUCAAUGUUUGCCUUUACCCUUGGAAGCUUUGACUUUGCUGCCAUGGCUGAUGUCAACAAAGUGCUCGGACCUCUCUUCUUCUUCACCUUCGUUGGUGUCGUUUACGUCGGUCUAAUGAGCAUGUUCUUCACCAUCAUUGGCGAUGCGUUCACAGAGGUCAAGGCUAACGUCGAACAAAGCACCAACGACUAUGAGAUAGUAUCAUUUAUGUGGAAGAGGAUCAAGGCUGUGUUAGGAUUGACUUAA